CGCGCGGCGGGGAGCGGGGCCUGCGGCGGGCGGGGCGCGGAGCGGGGCCGGGGCCGGGGCCGGGGCCGGGCGGGCGGCGGGCGCCAUGCCGGAGCUGGCGGUGGACCGGGUGGUCGUGCACCCGCUGGUGCUGCUCAGCGUCGUCGAUCACUUCAACAGGAUAGGAAAAGUUGGAAACCAGAAGCGAGUCGUCGGUGUGCUGCUGGGCUCGUGGCAGAAAAAAAUCCUGGAUGUGUCCAACAGUUUCGCAGUUCCUUUUGAUGAGGACGACAAGGAUGACACUGUGUGGUUUCUAGACCAUGAUUAUCUGGAGAACAUGUAUGGAAUGUUUAAGAAGGUCAACGCUAGAGAAAGAAUAGUUGGUUGGUACCACACAGGCCCUAAACUACACAAGAAUGACAUUGCCAUCAAUGAACUGAUGAAAAGAUACUGUCCUAACUCUGUGUUGGUGAUUAUUGAUGUGAAACCUAAGGACUUGGGGCUGCCCACAGAAGCUUAUAUUUCAGUUGAAGAAGUUCACGAUGAUGGCACUCCAACCUCCAAGACGUUUGAGCACGUGACUAGUGAGAUCGGAGCGGAGGAGGCAGAGGAAGUUGGUGUCGAACACUUGUUACGAGAUAUCAAGGAUACAACGGUGGGCACCCUGUCCCAGCGGAUCACGAAUCAGGUCCAUGGCUUGAAGGGACUGAACUCCAAGCUUCUGGACAUCAGGAGCUACUUAGAGAAAGUAGCCAUGGGCAAGCUACCCAUCAAUCACCAGAUCAUUUACCAUCUUCAGGAUGUCUUCAACCUGCUACCAGAUGUCAACCUGCAAGAGUUUGUCAAGGCCUUUUAUCUGAAGACCAAUGACCAGAUGGUGGUCGUUUACCUGGCUUCUCUUAUUCGUUCUGUGGUUGCCCUGCACAACCUCAUUAACAACAAGAUUGCCAACAGGGAUGCAGAGAAGAAAGAAGGACAGGAAAAAGAAGAAAGUAAAAAAGAGAGGAAAGAUGAGAAGGAGAAAGACAAGGAGAAGAGUGAUGUCAAGAAAGAGGAGAAAAAAGACAAAAAGUAAAAUGUGUAGUUUUUUUAUUUGUAAAUUAAAAAUCUUGUAAACUAAA